CGAAGAAGAAUCGAAUAUUUUAUUUUAGUCGGCCAGCAGCCUCCUUUACGACGACAAGUGUGUGCUGCCAUUCGUAGUUAUUUUUUUUUUGAGAAGUUUUUGCUUAACUAAAAAAAGCCAUCAUGUCGGAUGAAGAGGAAUACUCCUCCGAAGAGGAAGAAGUCGUUGAAGAGACUCAUGAAACACCAGCUGCAAAAACAGAAGGAGAUGAUCCCGAGUUCAUUAAGCGUCAAGACCAAAAACGUUCCGAUUUGGAUGAACAACUUAAAGAAUAUAUCCUCGAAUGGAGAAAGCAACGUGCCAAGGAGGAAGAUGAACUCAAAAAGCUGAAGGACAAACAAGCUAAACGUAAGGUUUCCCGUGCUGAAGAGGAAAAACGUAUGGCUCAACGUAAAAAGGAAGAAGAAGAACGUCGUGUCCGUGAAGUUGAGGAGAAAAAGCAACGGGAGAUCGAAGAGAAGCGUCAACGUCUCGAAGAAGCUGAGAAGAAACGCCAAGCUAUGCUUCAAGCUCAAAGAGACAAAGACAAGAAAGGUCCAAACUUUACCAUCCAGAAAAAGGAAGGAGGAUUGGGACUAUCGAGCGCUGCCAUGGAACGUAAUAAGACCAAGGAGCAAUUAGAAGAAGAAAAGAAAAUUUCACUUUCCUUCCGUAUUAAGCCUUUGGAUAUUGACAGUCUUAGUGUCGAUAAACUUCGUUCCAAGGCUCAAGAGCUUUGGGAAACUAUUGUCAGACUUGAAACUGAAAAGUAUGAUUUAGAAGAGAGGCAAAAACGUCAAGAUUACGAUUUGAAAGAAUUGAAAGAAAGACAGAAGCAACAAUUAAGGCACAAAGCCUUGAAAAAAGGUUUGGACCCUGAAGCUCUCACCGGAAAGUAUCCACCAAAAAUACAAGUUGCAUCAAAGUAUGAACGGCGUGUCGACACCAGAUCAUACGAUGAUAAGAAGAAGCUGUUCGAAGGUGGAUUCGAAACCUUGAGCAAGGAAUAUCUUGAAAAAAUUUGGUCAGAACAAAACGAACAUUUCGGUGGUCGCCAAAAAUCCAAAUUACCUAAAUGGUUCGGAGAACGUCCAGGCAAAAAAGCUGGGGAUCCAGAAACACCAGAAGGAGAAGAAGAUGUCAAAGUAGAAGAGGAUGAAAUUGAAGAAGAAGAGGUCGAAGAGGAAGUUGAAGAAGAAGCCGAAGAAGAGGUAUUAUCGAUUCAUUUUAAAAAUAAAAAGCAAAUAUACUUAUUUCAAUUAAUUGAUUUAAAGGAGGAGGAAGAAGAAGAGGAAGAAGAAGAAGAAGAGGAAGAAGAAGAAUAACUUUCUUGCUACUAAGAAUAUGGUGAACUCACAGUUCCAGAUCCUCAAUAAAUACUAAAAAAAUAUUUAUUUGUUUUUAUUUAAAAAAAAAGAUCUGUCAAAGUUUCUUUGUCAAAAAAAAAACAAAAACAUCAACUUUUGCAAAAUAAAUAUAUCAAUGUUUUAUUACUGACACAAAAUACCACAUAAUGUCUGCGUUAUUAAUGAUUUUACUAUAACUUAGCUAUUUAAUUAAAGAUUUAUUUUACUAUAUUGGAUAACGAAAUAAAGUUUUACGUAUGUGCAAUAAAUAUUGAAUAAA